AUGGAUGAAUUUUUGUCGGGUAACUUGCAUCACUCCUUCUUGUUUCCAAGGGCAGCAAGGCAGUUUGCAAACCUUGCCAUGUCAGAAAUGGGCAUGUCUGCAAACGAUAGCAAACGCAAACGCGAGUCUUUGGAUGCCGGUGACAACCAGCGCCUGGCUCGCUCCCCCCAGAUGGUUAAUACUAAUGGAAUGCAUGCUGUCGCUGGUAACAACAUCCAUGGAUACGACACCCAUGGCCUAAAUAACGCCACUGAAUUGAGCCACAUCGACCAGCAGCUCUUACAACAUGUCGGUGGUCAAAAUGGGGUCUCCGACGAUAAUGCAAUGACCGCUAAAGCGGCUCUCGCUCACCCACAAUCUAAGUACUCUGCUCCAGACUCAGCCUUCGACAGCAGCGCGUUAAGCCACGGAAUGGGGACGUUUGGCGACGAUGUUAAUCAGGUUGCUAUGCCCGGCGUUCACGGACACAACUCCACUGCUGCCGCCGUCUAUGCUGCCCGUGAAGCCCAAAGUAUCGGUCAUGCGAAACCCCCUGUUGGGUCCCCUGAGUGGCAUACUCAGAGAAAAAAUAACCAUAAAGAAGUCGAACGCCGUCGCCGCGAGACUAUUAACGAAGGCAUCAAUGAGCUUGCUAAACUUGUCCCUGGCUGCGAAAAGGCAAAGGGAUCUAUCCUGCAACGUGCUGUUCAGUACAUUUCAAAACUACAGGAGGAAAACAAGAACAUGGUCGACCGAUGGGAUACUACUCAGAUGACUACCACCCAGGCCAUUACCGAGAUCAGCUCCCAGAAUAACAAAGCGAAGGCCGAGGUGAACCGUCGUGGUAUCAUCGCCAUGAAAUGGUUGCAACGCUGCCGUGAAGCCGGCUUGGACUUUCCUGACUACGACGACGACAAGGACCUUGCUCAGUUCGAAGUUGACGACGUCCAGCUUUAA